GACAGUGGUUCUGUGUUUAGUACAGCCAGUGCUGAACUGUUAUGAUGUGUCAAUAAGUUAAAAAGGUGGACGGCACCGAUGAUGAGAGGGCCCCCUCGGCACCUGAGCAGGAUAUUGGAGGUAUGUGUGGACGUAGAGGACACUACCAUGACAGAGAAAAUGUCCUUCUGGUGAUUUUCCGUGAAAACCCGUUCGCUAUUUUUCUCCAGCUCCCAGUCAGUCACUGAAAAAUAGUUCUUAUCGCUGCUGUGGACAUGAUGUCCGCCUGAUGGCUGGCUGAAUGUGUUACUUUCUCACCGACGUUUCAUGGAUAACCCGUGUCCAGGACCAAAACGCGGUGGUCUCGCCUACUGUGUUGCAGAAAUAUUUCCUCACUGCUGUGAAAAUAAAUGGCCAAAGUGUUUGUCAGUGAGGAGGUCUGACUUGCCCCCCUCUCUCUUCCUAUCCGCAUCAAAUGCACUCUCGCAGACCUGCUGUAUGGAGACGACACACUCACACUCGCACUCAAGUGUUUUAAUCAGUGUUUCGGCUCGGAGUUUAGUCAGCAGCUGUUGAAGAAGCUCGUAGUCCUGCGGAACAGAGCUGCAUGUUAAAACCAUGACACGUCCAGUUAGCAGGCUGUGCAGCUAGCAGGCAGGCUAACUAGCUACUUUUAUUCUCAGUAACAGAGCUAGAAAAUGGAGCUACUGCCCUGCAAAACACUGUGCACAGAUGCAUGUGCCUGGAGAGAAAAUCCCCAGUUUAAUUAAUCACUGUGGAUGUUUCUGUUCGGAGUGGGAGACAUUUCGACGACAUUGUCAUCGGAGAGUUUGACAGGAGUGAAAUAUCCCCCCAUACUGUACUCUACUUGGCUUUUCUCCUCCAAACCCGAAGCAAGAUGGACUCUCAUUCGGCUUGUCUGUCUUGUCAGAUCGACAUUUUGCACAGAGAUGAAAAUGUGUUUGCUUAACAGUGGAGGUAGGAGCGCACUACACAUGCGGACAGAUCAUUUAUUCGUAAAGCUCUUAAAUCCGGUGCUGUUUGAGGAUCUGCUGUAGCUCAAGACCUCUCACUCCCAAGAUCGGGCAUCAGCAGUUUUACCUGUGAACACUUAGCAGACCUCUGCUCCGUGCCACUGUGGACCUCCUGCUUCUUUAUUUAGGCUCAAUCAUGUUGUAUGAAUGCAUCCACCGGUCGCAGGGUUUCGGCCUACAUGUUUUGGUUUUGGCCACAAGGGCGGAUCGACUGCAUGAUUGAAGUGAUCACAUCAGACAAAAUGUCCCACCGUACUUUGACGAUGGAGGUGUCGAGGUCUUGUGAUACGCAGUGUCACUCACUAAUGCUGUGUUAAAGUUGCUUUGCACACAUUUUUCCUGCAGCCCUUUGCUCGUGUUUGUAGGAAAAUUGUUGCAGCGAUGACAGUGUAACGCAUGACUGAGAGCGGUGUCUUGUAUUUUAUAGGUCAUCGUCAUUGCAUGACAAAGGCUGUGGCAGAUUCAUCUUCAUCACUCAUACAGCAUUUCCAUAGCUUUUUCCUCAGUAAGUAUUGCUGUUCUCCACUUGACAUCCAUAAACACAAACACUGGCAUCUCUUUUGGAUGAUGUCCAGCAGGGUAGUCAUUAAACCAUUCAUUGACAGCUAAUUUCAUUUGUGCCAUCUUAGGUAGAGAUCCAGAGCGAGUGCAAACAUGUUGAGAAAAUUCAAACAGUGAGGAAAAAUUUAAGAAAUAUUAUUACAUAUACACACUUAUUCAUGUUAAACAAUCACUACUGUAGCUAAUAAUAAAACAGCAUGGCGGUAAUAGGCUGCAUGUUUUUAUACAACCUUAUCUUUCUUCCAUGAAAGCAACUUUAAAUAUAGUGUAAGGAGAAGAUGCCAAGUUUCAUAUACUUGACUUCACACAUUUUGUCAGUGUUAUGCUGACAGACUUACAGUGAGCUCAGGCGUAGAACUAAGAAGCACAUGGCAAUAUCCUGUGAUAUGCAAAUCUGGAAGCACAACCACUGUCUGUUUACAACAUUUAAGGAGUUGUGACAGAAUAUAGUAGCGUCUGAAACGCCAUCACUUACUGAUAAUGCUUUUUUAUGUGGUAAUUCUACAAAUAACUGAAGGGUGUUUAUUUUUUUUGCCUUACAUACGAGGUGAUCUGAGUGACCAAGUGAUGCAAAAAAUAGGAGAUUGGUUCAGCCUGCAGCUGCAAAAUGGCUGGGAGGUUUAAAUGAAAACUAUAGAACAAAGUGUCCAAUCAAAGUGAAUGUUUUCCACUGACAGACUUAGUUAUUCAUAACAAUAUUACCACCAGAGAUGCACUUGCAGUACUGAAAUCAACGUUUUGGAAGUGUGAACGAUUAACACUAACUUGUUAAAAAAAAAAAAAGUUGUCAUAUUGAAUUAUCCUGAUUUAUUUUUCUCAGUAACAUAAUGCAUAGAGCUGAGAGUCGGCUGCAGAACAUAUAGAGGUGUACAAAUGGGUAAAGAUGCUGAAUGUCAACAUGCAGAGCAGGCUCAUAACAAUAAUCUUGCAAACAAACAGUCAUCUAAAGCAGGGCUCAAACUACUAUGGUUUCUCUCACUUAGGCUCCCAGCUUUCGGUUUUCUUUUCACUUGUUCUUCUUGAAAAAAGUAAGCCUGCCCUCAGGGUUGGGCGUCAUUCGGCAGCGCACUUAGGUGGCAAUCAAAAACCAUAUGCUCAGGACGCACUGAUGUUACAGGUAUGCAGAGAUACUGGUGUGCCAGCUUGUGCCAGUUUGGAAAAUGUAUUUGCAUUGGCUUUACACUCUUCCUGAUAGAAAAUGAAAAGAAAAACUACAUCUUUGAGCUUGUUCUCAUAAAUCAAAUUCUCAAUACUCUGUUAGUUAACAUCUUUGUAGGUUCCAACGAGUGAAGCCUUAGUUUGCUGCUCUAAAUGACUCCCAGUUUGGUAUUCCACUCCAAAAAACUCUACAGGACCCCACAAUUAAAGUUACAUGAAUUAACCUUGUUAGUUAUAUUUUUGACACAUGAACUUAAAUGAUUAGAGACACAGUGACUUGCAUUUCGGCUCCUACAACUCCUAACUACUGCACAGGACUUUUUAAAGGUAAUUUAGCUAAGCAUACAAGGUAAAGAUAAAAUACAAGAUUCAUAAGUAUUUUUAAAUCAGUGUAUAAUCACCCAAAUGUAUGAAAAUUUUUGUUUUGUUUACUUAAAGCUCAUAUAAGGAACUCUCUGUCUGUGUCAGUUUCAGUGUCUCAUGUGGACAAAGGGGAACCCUCAGAUAUUUUCUAGUUUUGUCCCGUCUAUGUAUUAGUAGUGUUUUCUGACAAAAGGUGUCUGUUAACACUGAAAUAUGUCUCUCAAUGAGAAUAUUUGCUUCAGUAAAGUGGAAUGAGACUAUUUCUUCAGCAUUCUCAUUAGGCACUCUUGUCACUAAUGUCCUUGUUUGCUAAUGCAGCUCAUAAAGAGCCUUUACUGUUAAUUUUAGCUUGUUUCAUAACCAAUCAAAAAGUCCUCACAGUGGCUUUAAAAUUAGCCUUUUGUGUUUACAUACGUUUGGUCUCCUUCCAUGGAGGCCACCAUCUUGCAUCGCCAUAUUUCUACUGUAGCACAGGAUAGACUAACUAGUAAGAUAUGCCUUUUUUAAUAAGUGAGUGGCUGCAUGUUGGAGGACAAAGAAGAAGAAUAGAGACUAAUUAAUCAGUGAUGAUAUUUUAAAAGAAUCUGCAUCUGUCUAUAUUUGGGCUUUUAAGACCAAUAAAAACAAAGAAACCACACUUGCAGGUGAAGCUUGUCAGUGUAGCUGCUGUUGAACAGCGUUAACCUUCUCUCAAAGAAAAAACCCUUUCCUUCAAACUAAAUCACAGCAGAUAAAUCUAAUGGUUACUUAAUACAUAUUCUGUUAUGUUGUAGAGAUUAAGUGAGUUUGAUAUUGCCUCUAACAUAUCACACCGUGAAUUUAAAGCAUCAUCGAAUAUUUUUAUUUUAUAAAUGAACUCAAAAUCCAUUUGAAACAGGUUUCUGGCCAGUAUUAACAUGUAUAGAUUGUAAUGAACAUAGAAUAAUGGCUUUUAUUGACCUAAAUCUGUUUUAUUUUAUGAAAUGUAGACAAACCCCCAAAAUAAGGUGAUCUAAGCAUGACAUAUGGACUCUUGUUCUGUGAUUAUCAGCAUCAGUAACGACAACUGAAAACUGAAAUCACUCAACAACCAGUUGUUUGUUAUACACAAAAGAAUUUGGACAUGAUGACGUUUCUGAUAGUACAACCUUUAAUAAGUGGUGGAUCAUACAACAUGCAACACAGGAAGCUUCUUGUCAUCAAGCCGGAUUUUUGCUUCACUGUCUGGAGGGGUGAGCAAGGGAGCAUUUCAGUCUAGAAUCAGACCACUAGCUAUAGAAUAGUUCAAUUUCUACACACUGCACCUUUAAGAACAUUUGUGGCUGUUUAGUGGCACACGUUAUGUUACCAUCGUCAUUUCUUCUUCAAACGGUUUAAAUGGCUUUGAAUUGAUGGGGCUCAGGUUUUAAAAUACUUAAGUAUAAAAGGGUAGAAUAUCCCUAAAUGUCUAGUCUACUCAAGAAAUUCGGAAAUUUUGACUCAUUAAUAAUUGAGUUCCCAAAUAUGUUCAAAUGGGGUCUGUGAAGGGAAGAACCAUAACCUUUGUUCCUUCUUUUAGCUUCUAUAUUUGAUCCAUUUUAAUCCCAGCUCUGUAAAACAGGCUUCAAAAACCCAGCACCAAAACCACAGCUGCUGGUUUUGAUGAAUAACAUGGUCUAUUUUAAGAGUCUGCCUCUAUUUAACCAGAGUGCUGAGAUGAUUAUGGUUACUAUUCCCUCUUCUACUUUAAGAAGAUACUUCAGAUGAUAUUGUUUACUCAUCCUCUUGAUGUGUUGCAGAUUCACAUCUACAAAUUAUCUCUAACAAAUCUCAGGGCAGCGUACAAAGUACCCCAGUCCUGCGGUGCUGGGACCCCCUGGAUCACCAUAUUAGUUUUAACACUUUUAGUAAUACCACACUUAACAGCCUUUGUUAUCAGGUCUUUUCUCUAGUAUUUCUUGGUAGUUGUGUAACUCUGUGAUAUAAUAGCAGGUUCAAUGUAAUUCAAUAUUUAAGUUCAUCAUUUAUAAAUCAAUGUGCUUGGUAAUGCUGAUUCAUGUCACUCAUUGGUCUCACAGUCAGGGUACGAUCCUCUGCGGUAGGUUAAAGGAGGAAAUUAGCAUAGCAAAUUUAGGCUAAUGACAUGAUGGUCAGUGGGGGAAUAAUUUAGCUUUGUCAGACACUCCCCUGUCCAUAUCAAAUUAAACCAAGAAGCUACAAUUUAGAGGUGUGAGGAGACUUAAAAUCAAGCUGUCCUUUAUAAUGUCUUCAUUUAUUAUUCUUAUUCCUCCAUAUUAGUAUGUGAUUGAAACAAAAGACUUGGACCAAUUCAUUCUACUUUUUAAUUAUUCAUUUAAAUCUGUACCAAAAAGUACAUUUAGUGUCUAAUGUCACUGAAUCAUAACUUGGAAGUAUUCCCAUGUUACAGAUUUUUUUUAAACUUCUAUUUCACUUUUUUCCACUUUAAUUGUUUCAUUAUUUACCUUUAAAUUCAGUGUAUAAAAAAAGGGGUUGACUGGUAUUGGUUUUUCCAGAGCUGAUACUGAUACUGGUAUUGAUUAAUAGUUUAUAGUUUAUGAGACUGGUUUGGAGCUGAUGUGUCGUAAAAUAAAAAUAAAAUAAAAUAAACUCUAUGUCAAAAUGUAGAAUUUAGAUCAUAAUACAUUUUAACACAAAACUUAACUUGAAUGUCUCUAGCAACUGUAUAUAAAAAUGGAGGUUUAAUAUUAUUUACAGGACUUAACAAUUAACCUUUGCAGUUGCAUCAAACUGACAUGACUUUAAGCCAAUCAGAGAGUGUUGUGGACGAGACAUCAUGUAAGACAAUGAAGUGCAAGGAAACAGAGCCAGGUGGCAGAGCCAAAGUUAAUCUUUUUGAUAAAUUAAUUUUAGUGGCCAUUUUAAAGGCUGGUACACAUAAUAGACCAAAUACAGAAUAUUGGCUCCAAUUAUCUGCCAUAGCUAACAAUCGACAUAGCCUCGUUAGGACAAACUUUUAAUACUUUUUUAUUGUCUUAAAAGUGAAAUGGGUCUAAAACACCUGUAUGUCGUAUGUACAAAUAUAAAAUCCAGAGAGGUAUUCCAAUGUGUUACAGUAUUUUACCCAGAAGAUGGCACUUAAAGAACAUGCAACCCUGUGAUUACAAACAUUACAAACAAUUAAUUAAUUACAAACUUUAAUAUCUAAAGUACCUAAAGUUCAAGGAUAUAUGUGUAAUAAAUGAAGGCCAAAGUUCAUUGUAAUUUGAGGCGUGACAUCUUUUUCUCUAACUCUGCACUUGUUUGACAAAGCAUAUUAACAAUUCUAGACUAAUCAGGCACAUCACCAGCAUUUAUCAUUACAAGUACAUCCCCAGGAACUAUCAGAGCAGAUUUCUCUUUUCUGAUGAAAUAAAAUAUGAGCUAUUAUACUUUGAAUGUUUUGGCUGUGCAUGUUUACAGUAGACAUGGUCUAAUGUGGGCCAAAUCUGUUUCAGGUGCGGUAGUACCAUGAAGGGUGGAGGAAGGGGAAAGGAGCCACCUGUUGCUGGUGAGAUCACUGGCAAGCGUCCUAAACGCAAAUGCCUGCAGUGGCACCCACUUCUCUCCAAAAAGGCUCUGGAUUUCUCUGAAGAGGAAGAAGAGGAGGAUGAGGAAGAGCUGGAGAAGGUGAGUGAUUGGGUUUUUACGAGGACCUCUGCCUAAAUAGUGAAAAACAGGUCUGUAAAUUAAUCACAGGAACUGAGACAGAAGACGUGAUGGGGCGGUGUAUCUGACCCUAUUUGAAUGUGUUAUCAGCAGCCACUGCUGUGCGGCCAGGACCAGGGCCCACAGGUGCAGUGUGGAAGCACAACGGAGGAAGUGGAGGAGGAUUCUAAUGAGCAGCGCGCACGGCGGCCAAUGAAUGCCUUCCUCCUCUUCUGCAAACGCCACCGCUCUCUGGUGCGGCAGGAGCACCCCCGUCUGGACAACAGGGGUGCCACUAAGAUCCUUGCUGACUGGUGGGCAGUGCUGGAGCCCAAAGAAAAGCAGAAAUACACUGACAUGGCCAAGGAGGUGAGAGCAUUCUUCGAUUUUUGCAGCUGUGCUAACAUCCACCGUCUUUACUCUCUCUUACCUUUCAGUUUGGUCCUGUAUUUUCUACUCUUUAAAGAGCUGCUGGCUCAAAACCUCUCAGGUCAUCCUCUAGCGCUGCACUCAGCUUUAGAAGAGUAAUGGAGAUAAACAAGUGGAUAGGUGAGGGUGAGAUGUCAGAUAAGGCAGGAUACAAGUUCUGAUUCUGCUUCUCUGAAAGGACCUGAGACUAGGACCCAGUCCAAGAUGCUCAGCUCAGUCCCUUUUGUUGAGAGAACUGAAACAGGAGCAAAGCUUUUAGCUUCUACGGAAAGGGUGAAUGCUACCAACACACAAACACUACCAGCCUUGAAAUUAAUGUCUUCAGAUUUAACUGCCAGACGUGAAUCAUCCUCAGUCGCAUGCAGAGUUUGAAAAGACAGAUGUUUCUUAAACUACGUUAGUGUGACGUCUAUGUCAGCAGCGCCAUUAAAGACAGUUAUUUCUGUCAAUAUUUCCCAAGAAUAUUGAGAGUUUGUCAAAUCAAUAUUGAACCCCCCCUAGUGAAAACGAAAAUUGACUGUGUUUGUAAUAAAUGUUUGUAAUGAGUCCAAACUGAUAAGAGUCUGACUCAUUCUGGCUUUUACUGAGUUUAAUAGCCACAUUUCCACCAAACUACUGAAUAAUAAGUGGUUCUUUGAACGUCAGCAAAACUCUGGUCUCAGGUCUUUGGAGUAAGGCCAGCAUUGGUACCACAUUAAACGGCGAGAUAACAUCAGGAUGUGACACUCAGGAUCGUCUCUCGUGCUAUUUUUGUUUGCUUUCAGGAAAAUUUGUCAAAGUACAUUAAGUCGAGUCAUGCGUGUCGCGUCUUUAGUAAACAGGGUCAGGUUGUAAAGCCCAUACCUCUCUGUCUUUUACCAGCUGUUAGCUGACCAUUUGAGUCUCUGACCAUAAACAGUGUCAGAGAUCAGCUGUGUCUUAACCUUAUGAUCUUCCUGUUGACAAACGAUAUGAUUUCCUCUGACAUUAUAUUGUAUUCUGUCCCACAUAAGUCAGCAGUUACGGUUUUUAUUGUUUGAUUAUCCCUAUUUUUGAAAUUCUGUGCAGAAUUCAAAGUGGCCAAGUUUCGAACACAGUGUUCAUAUGUUUCUAUCUCUAACAUUAAUGUGUUAAUUCGUGUGGAGGGCGGUGUAGUAUAGAGCAAGAUUUUCAGUCAUUGAGGUAACCUCGGGGUUAACUCUUGGUUUCAGGACCAGAAUGGUGGUCCUUGUAUUACCAGGGUAGGUCCCCAUGGUAACUCAUGCUGAACUCAUAACCAGCUCUGGGGCAGGUUAUGCUCUGGGUAAGAGAUCAGGAUUAGAAAACUACAUCUAUGACCGAUCAAUUAUCUUUAUCGUGGAGCUCUGCGAGCUGAUGGAGAGAGAGGAGGUAAGUGACUGAGCUGAGAUUUAGUCCACCAGCAUGGUUUUGUGUUUAAAGAUUAUUUAUCAAAGUUGUUGAUGCUCACUGAGAUUAAAAUAGGCUUAGAUCAGAACCUUCAAGUAGUACUUAUCAGAAGUAUAAUAAUGUGUUCCUGUAGCUGUAAAUAGUGUUUUUUUUAUGAAUUUAUCAUGAUCACCACACCAUCAGAACUAAGGCCAAAAUAUUAUGUCUAAAGUUGACCAAAACGCAGUUUCACAAAAUCAUAGAGUUAUUAAAGCGAGAUUGGCUCCUUACCUCCAAUGCAAAGGGAUGUAAUAUAUCUCAGUUUGAGCAUUUACUCUUGGUGCUUUUUUUUCUUAUUUUUCACUUCUUUUAUUUUGAAAAUACAGCUGUGUUGAUUUUAGACUUGAUGAUGUGUCUAAUUUUGUAUUUUGCUCUGAGUUUUGUAAAACACGGUGAUGCAACAGUUUGCUAAAUGUGAAUUAAUCUCAGCAGACUGUUUAUGUUUGUGAUUGGUCAUAUUUAUCAUUGGUCCAGGUUAACUUGUCAGGUUCAUAACCAGCUUUGUGAUAGCACAGUCCUCUCUGUCAGGGUUAGUAGAACCAGAACACCAAAAGAUACCCGAGGUUUUUUGAACUUGAUUUAUAGUUGAGACCUCAGGGGUCUCCCUUGAACCGGGUCAUACCAUGCAUGACAUGUGCACCAUCAUCACUCAGUUAAGGCAACUAUCAUCCAGAUUGAUCACAUAAUCACAUCUGUUGUACUGAUCAUAUCACUUCAAUCAUGUAGAUCUGUGACUCUAUUGCUAUAACAUCAUAACUUCAAUCAAAUAAUCAAACAAACAAAAACUGUAUUGUCUCACAUUAUUCUUGUGAAUUUGAGUAAAUCUUGAAAUGUCUUAUUUUAAUUUUUGACUCUAAUACCCCACUGCGCAGUCAUGUCUACCUGUUAAAGCAUCAUUACAUCCUUUUUCUUUCUUUAAAAGUAACUGCAGAGUGCACAUCAUUGAUGGGAUCCUCUUGAUGAUUAGCCAAAAAUACAUUUUGUACAAGAUGAUUUAAUUCUAUAUGCUUUUAUCGAUCUGAUCAAUCAUGAUAAAUUGCUCUGUGUUGAUAUGGAGUCUGUUGCCCUAAAGGUUUUGCAUGUAUCCUAUUUUGCUGUUGUUGCAGUACAAAGAUGCCUUUAUGAAAGCUAACCCUGGCUACAAGUGGUGUCCCACCACCAGCAAACCAGUCAAGAGCCCUUCCUGUCAGCCAGUCAGCAACCCCCGCAAAAAAGUCUGGUCCUUCUCUUCCAAUUCAGCCAAGGACUCCACCACUGCCAAGAAAGUGCCCAAAACAGACAGCAUGCCACAGUUAAACUUUGCCAUGGCAGGUGUGUAUCAGUACACUUCAUUUAAAUGAGAAGCAUGAUAAAAGCAGGGUUAUUUUUUCUAACUCGUGUCCUUUCUCUGUCAGAUCCUACCAAGAUGGGAGGCCUGAGCAUGCUGCUGUUAGCUGGUGAACAUGCCCUCACAAACAGAGAGGUGGGUCACUGUUGAAGGCCAAAUCUUAGUGCUUCCUUGUUGUGCCCCAGCUGUCCAAUAGGUGGCCUCAGAGGCUCAUCUCUCAGUUUAACCUGUUACACAAAAGCCUUUGUGUUUGUGUCUUUGCAUUUUAUUUUUACCACUCACUGAUUCAAGUUUCCUUUUCCCUCUUCAGAUCCCUUCCAGCACUAAGCCUAGUUUACCUGACACAGCCAGCGAGGGGAACUCUUAUCCAGGAGAUGAGGAAGAGGUGUGGUCUGAGGAUAGAUUUCUUUUCAUUGUCUGUUCUGUAUAUUUAAGGGCAGAGAGUUAAAGCUACAUUGUAUUGCAAGUUUUUUUUUUCCUGACAAGUGAAAUUGACCAUUUGAGUAGACUGUAAAACUAUAUUGACAUUUUCAAAAUUCAUUUUCGUAACCAUAAACAUCUUUAUUUGCAUAUAGAACAAGAUAAUGAUAAAUGGGAGUUUAUCCAGUAAAUAUACAACAUUUGCUUCCUCUACAGCGUAACAAUGUCAGACAUAUAGUAUAGACAAAGUAUAAUGGAAUUUAAAUUUACUCUAUACUGCCACUCCUUUUAUAGGUAUUAUUAACACUUUUCUACAGAGAAAAACAACAAAUAGAGCUUCUGAUGUGUGUUAUGUGCUAAUAAAUUUUAAAAAACUAUUAUAUAAUUGCUCUUAUUUUGAAAGGGGCCUCUCUGGAUAACAAGUGAUUUCACACGUUAACCAAGAAACUAGGACAGUUAAUUAAGUUUGAAGGGUGCACACUAAAGUCUGAUUUAUAACACUAGUUUGUUGUUUUCUAAUGCACCGCUAUUGUUUUUUUUUUUUGUUUGUCUUUCAUAUUUUAUUGUAUAGUUGAUGUCUGGGACGAUCCCCAGCAGAGCGCCUGACAUUACUGAAAGCAGGGUCAAGUCUGCCCUUUCCCCACCGGCAGAGGUGAGGCUGAGUAUUACAGGUGUUAAAUGUAAUAACUGGUUCAUACAUGAACAAUUAUUUGAAGCCAUCAAGUAUUUCAGAUUAAUCAGAGUCUUGUUUGCAUUCUUUAAAUGCUUUUAUUUUGCAUUUCAAAACAAGUUUUAAGUUGAUAUUAGCAAUGUAAAACAGUUCCUAACCAGCUAUUAAUUUGGGAACCAAAUUAAUACUAUGAAAUUUACUUGACAAUCCCGAUUUAUAGAUUUGCUUUUCAAAUAAAUGUGACACCAGUUGGAACUGAAUCUCUGACUUACAGAGAACAGACUGCUAAUUCUGUCAACUGGGGUCGCUAUUUUGAUUUCUAAAGGACAAAACUUUUACUCUGUAUGAAAUAUUUAGGAGUGUGUGUACAAAGUGUCCAAUCAGUGUCAAAGUUGUGUGCAGCUUUUGUAAAAGGUAACUUUUAUCACUCACCGCCUUCCAGUAAUCCCCAGUUAAUGCAACAACAUCUGAACUCUUCAGGAGUUCCAGUUUGGUUGCUUUCUUUGUUUUCUUUGCAGGUCCUCUGUACAGGUUUUACUCAGAGCAUCACUAAUGCAUAACUGGUCACAACACACAAGCCUGAUCCUUUACAUUAACUGGCCUGAAGUGAUUUGCCACCCACUAUGAAAGCUCUGUAGUUAACUUUGGAGAUUUGGUUUCAUCCAUAGAUCUGUUAGAUCUGUUGUGACUCACACUGUUACAUGUCAUAGCACAUUAUAAAACCCUUGUUUUUUAAAAGUGCUACAUAAAUCAAGUUGUUGUAGCACUCUAAUAUAGUGUUAGCUUCUAUGAUUUGUUCCCCAGCUGACGUCAAUCUGAUCAGCGUCACCUCGAGCUUAGAUCAUGCCUCGACUGUAGCUCAAACUUAACAAGACAUACUUCCGACACUAGGGAUGGGAGAAAAAAUCAAUACAGCUCAGUAUCAUUUUUUCUUUUUUAUUAAUUGUUAAAAUGAAGUCAAAUCUAUGAUAAUGGAAAAAUAAAAUCAGCUGUUUUGUUGGCAGAGGUGACAUCAUAGAGCAAGAGAAAGUACAACAAAUAUAUAGGGUUAGCAAGAUAGCAAGAUGUGAUACAUGAAAAUAAAAUACAGCGUAAAUAAGACGAACAUAAAAGAAAGACAAAUGCUAAAUUAGCUUAACAGUUGAAAAAAAUGUAUAAAUCGCAAUAUAUUGUGUCACAAUACUCACUGUAUUACAAAAUGUUAAAAAAUAGCAAUAAUAUUAUAUCCUGGCCCAAGUAUCGUGAUAAUAUCACAUCCUGAGGCCACUAGUGAUUCCCACCCCUAUCCAACACCCAAACAGCUCUCAUUUCUCACAAACAGUAAGUGGGACACAAGGUCCUUUUUUUUCAACCAGCAUCAAUUUAACUAACACUCUGACCUAAACUACAAAUCUGAAUUUUGACUGAGGUUUAGUUCACAAGAUUUAAUGUGAAGUAUUCUCUCUUCUAAGAGUUGUUACUCAUAGUUAAUGUCAUCAAAAAUACUCAGUGGCCAAAAGAAAACCUCAUCCAUGAUCUGCCUCCUGGUUCAGGCCCCUGGUUUUUGUCUUUCAUAUUUUAACAGUCAUGACAAAGUCUGCAUGAGAAAGUAAAUAAAGCUGUUGAAACCUUGGCAGCUGUAGAAGUCUCAGCCGUUUGAUAUAAAAACAAAAUUCGCUCUGUGUUCACAGAUGUCUUCAUCUGGGGCACCUGAAGGAAAGCCAUGCAGACAGUCUGCCCUCUUCCAGCUUGCCGAGGUAAGACAUCUGAACAUUUGCAGCCUGAAUAAACACCAGGUUUACUUGGUUUUAAACUAACUGAACUGACUGGGACUAUCUGCUCUCCCUAAAUCUGAUCUUCAGUGACCCUGACUCCACCUGCAGCCUGACCUCAGACUCUUUGUUUCUUUUCAUUUUUGUCUGAGUCACUUCACACAGAGUAGCAACACUUCAGUAUCAUAACUCAUUGAAACUACUUAGCGUGACCCCUCAGUAUUUAACAUUCACAAGGUUUUUCUUUUUAUUAAAGGCUGAGUUUUUGUUGUGAAGGUCCACUCACUUCUGACACAAACAGACCCAGUAGUUAAGGUAUCUAUAACACUUAAAGAAUUAGCUGGGUAAGAGGAAACGAUGUCAGCAAUUUGCUGAUCAGAGCACAUUAUUUGUCAGUAGAGGCUGCUAUCUGAGCUGUCUCUUGGUUUUUUACAUGUGUUUUAAGGUGAGGAUUUUGGAGCCACAAAAGUCUCAUCCUCUAAAAACAGUAGAUCUUAUCAAAACCAGCAAAAACUGAACAAAGGGAAGCACACUGAAUAGCAGAGCUAUGGGGGCUGCCAGCUGAGCUGCUGCUAACUUCUUAGGUAGCACUAUUUUGUAGAAAAAAAAGAGUUAAAAGACAGUGAUAACUUGCCCUGAGUUUUGACAGUUGCUGCGUUCCAGUUACCUUGGAAAUCGGAUGUUAUAGUUGAGAAUGCCAUUACACCCGAGUUGAUGGCGUUUCAGUAAACAAGUCGGAAAACCAAGACGGACGCCCACAGUUAGCCGUUGUUAGCUGUUGUUAAUAAUUGUCAGUUGUUGUUAGUGGUUGUCGGCUGUUGUUAGUUGUUGUUAGCUAUAGUAGUUGUAAACAAUACACAACACAGUAUUUUACUCUUACCAACACCAUAGCACCGUGUCCGCAGUUAUACAUUGGGCAGUACAACAUAUAACACUUAUUUCAUUUCACAAAAACAAAACAGAGGUGCUAAUAAAUAAUACAUUAUGAGAGCUUUCACUGUCACUCUUUACUGCUGAUGCACUGUGCUGCCAUCUUGGAUUAUGACGUAGUCGUCAAGUCGGGGUUGGUGAGGAUCGGCCGACUUUCUGAGUCGGAAAUCCGACUUCAGAGGGGCCAUCCAGAUGAAUUUCCAACUCGGAACUCGGAAAUCCCGACUUACGAGUACAACUGGAACGCAGCAUAAGCAUCUGGUUAGAGUUGUCUGUGAUGUCUGAGAUGUUUUUCUGGAGCAGCUGCCUUUACAGCCCAUGCAGGAUUUUAGCUGGUAGAUCACUAAUAUGAUGCUGCCUUGAUGCGUGCGCUGAAAGACUGGUCAUGUUUCCAGUGAGUUUAGCUUCACCUCUGCAAACAGCUACAGCCGUGGACACCUCCUGUUUUACAAAACCCAGCAUGUUUUCACACUUUAGACCUGAUAAAAGACAGCAUGACAAUCUCUAAUAUGUCCUGCUCCUCCCUGCUCUCAUCCCAUCAUGGUGCUGCUGGCUCAUGCCCAGAGCAUCACAGAAAUGGAGAAUGAAACUUGGAGGUGGAUGUAGAGUUUAGAUUUCCUGCUCAUUUGAAGUGCAGAAAUACAUUAACACAAAAAAGUAGAGUUAAGAGGUACAAUGCUCCCUAUCUGUCAUCACCUUAUAUUCUAAUGAGUUCAGACGUAUUGUUCGGAGUGUAUAUUUUGCCGUCAGUUUAGAUUAAUCUGUUUAACAUUGAGGUUAUCGGUUGUUUUCUGUCAGAUGUGCUUGGCCUCAGAAGCUGGAAAGAUGGACUCAGUCGUGUCUCAGCCAGAGGACAGCUUCUCUUCAGCCUCUCUGAAGCAACCUGCAGUCAAACCAGAGAUCAAGGAGGAGAAAGGAGACACUGACGACUGUCCUCUGUCCACGCACACUUCAGCCCCCUCACUUCUGCUCUCUUCCUCCUCCUCUACCUCCACCGAUGCCAUCGCCCCACAACCCAGCAGCCAAAAUGCACGUGUCAAAACCAAGAGCAAGAAAAAGGAGAUGGCCAAGUCAAAUGAUGAAGACGAGUUCCCCUGCUCAGCCAAGAAGCUCAUUAAGAAGUGUGACCACGCAGAGUCAAACGUGGACAGUGUCUUCAGCACCAUUGAGGCGGUGGCGAAAGGAACGUGGAAGGAAACGGAGGAGAAGCCUAAAAAGAAAACCCAGAGCAGUCCUAGUGGUGGGAACUCUGGGGUACCCAGAAAGAAGAGCAAGCCCAAAGUCAAGACCCUCGUCAGAGACAAAGAGGAGGAGAUGGAGGAGAGCAGGGAGCAGUGUGGGCAGUCCAGUUCCUCUGAGACAGAGGUAAAGGAAGCAAUGACUGAUGUAAGCACCAAGACAGAGGCAGAGGAAACAAGUAUUGGAAGCACAGAAAUUCAGGGCAGCAUGGCGGAACCUCCCCACUCCCCCUGCAGCCCGUCACCCUCUAAGCUCAAAGAAGAAGACAAGGCGAGGGAGAGGAUGAGUGAGGGGACCUGCGAGUCCAACGCAGAGACCCGAGGCUCCAGGAAAUCAGAGCGGAGCUGUAAAGGGGCUCUUUAUAAAACCCUCGUUUCUGAGGGGAUGCUGACUUCACUGAGAGCAAACAUCGACAGAGGUAUCCAUCGCCAUCUGCCUGAUUAUAAAAAACAAACAAACAAACAGACUAAUCUCUGUGUAUGACCAUGAAUUCAUUUCAGUAAUCAGUGUUUGUGAAGUGUGUCUGAACUGUUGCACCUGUGUCUGCAGGUAAAAGAGGUGCUUUCCGUGCCUCUGAUCACGAUGCAAACUGGAGUGAUGACAGCUGGACGAUUUCUCAGAUGGGACCUAAUAACCCCAAGAAGCUGAAAAAGUCCAAGUCCAAAGAUGAGUCUACACAGGGGUAAGUGGGAGCUUUCUGUUCUGAGUGAGAAGUUCAUGAUAGAAUGAUAGAAGGAGUCUUCUUUUGUGUCUGUCUAUGCAUCGAGUAUUAAAUGUCCCUAAAAUAAUGUAAAGGUACAUACACAUGCAUGCAGAUAUUUUAAAGGACCGUUUUUUUUCCCCCACAUUUUCAAAAACAUUCUCGUCCACAUUGUAGGUCUUUUUUCAAAAGCUCUCUGUCAGACCAGUGGGUGACAGAGAACUAAUGAGCAGUCAGUCAGUCAGUCAAGCCAAAACACUGUAGAAGAGCAUGGUAUAGAAUAGAAAUGAGCACGAUUAAUCAAUAAUUUGAUCAUUAAGAAUUACGUCGAUCACGCAAAAGUUGGAUCGAUCUAACGUAAUUAAAAAGGGCUGAGAGUGUGCGUCCAUCCUCCAGCGUUGUUUGCAUUUUUGAUUAAAUCGAUAAGUGAUCGUAACUUUAUAUGAUUAAUCGGUUGAGGGACUUUCUUAAAAUGCCCAUUCCUAGUAUAGAGUGUCUUCUUGAACAAGCAGUAUUUGUAAACAAGUGCUCUCUAAGUUGUAUACGUAGUGUAAUAUAUGUAUUCACUCUGAGAGAAAGUGAGGUUUCCUUUAAAUGUGCUUUAAACCUGACAGUACCUCAUGACGAUUAUUAAUCCAUUUGAAGGUAAAUUCUGAUUCAUUUGAACCUGGUUGCUCUUUUUCUAUAUUGUGUGAUUGAAAAGACUGAAGGUGAUAAAAAGUAUUUAAAUAGCUGCUGUAGGUUUUCAGCCAGCAGUCACUAGACAGGCUUCAUCGGCUGCAACACAGUUUUCCAGGCCAAAUCAGCCUGAUUCAGAUCUGUCCGCUGAACAUGCUUUCUAAACAGUCUAAAAAUCCAUCACAGAUAGAGUCCCUGUAGCACUGUCCCUCUUUGAUCCUCUUUUGUAAGCAGAGAAAUCUGCUUCGUUUUUCAUCUUCCGAGCCACCAGACUCUGCAGAUACAAACAGUAGUGGUGCCUCACAGAGUCCAGGAUUCAUCGUGUGCUUUGUCUCUACUCUCUUUUUGUAUUCAGGUCUAUAAAUAGACAGAUACCCUCUGUAAAAUUGUCACUCACUUAUGUAAGAAUCUGAAAGUUGUUUUUUUUGUCAUUUAGAGAAAAAAAAAGGAUAACAUUUUGGAGAUACAGUUUGAAAUGUGCUUUGUAGGUCAAAACUGAUCUUAUGCGGACGCUGCUUCCACUUGAAGCCCAGACCCUUAACUGCUCUCGAUAGAAAAUUUUUUGUUUUGAGUUAUAUUGGACCCUGUUUUAAAUAUUCAUAGAUUACAUGUCCAGUAAUGUAAACCUGACUUUCCAGCCUAGGGAAACUGGAGGAGGAGUUUGAAAGGAAGUUUAACAGCCUGCCACAGUACAGCCCGAUGACAUUUGAUAAGAAGGGGACGACCGUCACAAAGAAAAAGAAGAGCGACAGCUCCAAUGUCCAAGAGGAAGUCUCCAAAGCUGUCAAAGGUACAGAGGAGAUUUCACUGCUUCAUACUUACAAUGACUGCUCUGUGAUUCCCCCCCAUCUCAUCCAAAGCCCACUCUGCACCUGUGUGAAGACAUGUUCCCCACUCUUGUGCUCUCCAGGACCAGUUUGUUUGUUUGUUUGAUCGAGAGCAUUCAGACUCCAUAACAUAGCAUUUCCAUGCUCUUUUUUUCUUUUCUUUCUUUGCUGUAUCAGGGUCAUCUCCAUCUCAGAAAAAGACUUCAUUCCACAAGAUUGUUAGGAAGCACAAACACAAAAAGGAGAAACCAGAGGCAGUGGACAAAGGUGAAAUAGACUGUUGAUUUCUGUGCACAUAAAAACAGAGAUGUGAACAUAUUCUUCCUACACUCACCCAUUCAAGCAUUUUCUAUCACUCUUGACUUUGAACUCCUUUUAGUUUGAAGCGCCGGAUCCACCUGAAAGGGACAAAAGGCUGUUAGUUACAGUAAAGUAGAUAAAAGAAAAGAAUUAACUACAUUCUGUAACUUACAUGGUGCUGAAGACAUGCUAGCAUACAUGGGUUUUUGCUGCUGAUUUGAUUCUUGAUCAUUAUAUAAAAACACUCCUCAUUUUAAAUGUGAUGCCAGCAACAUAGUUUAAAACAGUUGAGUCAGAGACAAAAAAAAGAUUUGUGUAACGCUAAAAAACACCCGGAGGAACAUCUUACAGAUAAUACGGUUAAGUUGCAACAAGCUAGAAACAUGUCUGAGUAUAAAGUGGAAAUUCCAGAGAGGUUGAGUCUCAGAAGUGAUGAUCAGAGGAGAUUCAUCUCCCUGUGAGAGAAAAGGGACAGAAGUAGUUCAGUGAUUUCAGGAUAAUGUUCCUCUCAUGGAAGUCGCAAAGAAUUAGGGGGAACACGAGGAUCUGGAUAAAUCAAAAAAUAGGAAAAAAAAAGUAGAACUGAUACUGAAUGGACAGGGGUCAGCAAUGCUUUAAAAGCAGACUUGACUCUGUAGUGGAAGUCACUGCAUGGAUUCAAAAUCACUUGCAAAAUCCAUUGUCUGUGAACACAGCAUGUCUUUGUACAAAUGCAGCUGAAAACUGGAGCAGGAACAGAAGAAAGUAUACAUAAAGAUAAUCCAGAAGUGUUGGUGAUUUGUCAGGCUGGUCCUUAUGGAAACACAAACUAUGUUGUUGUUAUUAUUAUUGAUUGAUAAAAUAUUCCUCCAGCUGCUCUCUCUCACCUCUCAGAUGUAUGUAUUAAACUCAUAAUAUUAAGCAUAAAUGAUCAUUAAAUCCAUUAUUUGCUUUGCUACAGAAGCAGUUUGUCAGAGAAAUGCAAAAAGAAGGAUGGAAACAAUAAUUUAACAUGACACUGUUUAACACAGACAUAUAUCAACUGAGUGAAUAUUUUAAUGAUCAAGAUUCAUUUAAGAUUUGGCUGUUAUGGCCUGUGUGCAAAUUGAGUAAUCUAACCUGGUUCAGUCUCAACAAUUUUAAGCAAACAUAUAAAGUUUUGUUGUUUCUGUAACAAAGUGAAGUCUUUUUUUUUUUUUCAUGGCCUUUGUGUCUUUGGUCUCUGACGUCUUUCCUGAACUUCUUCUCCUCAGCAGUGGUACAGAGUGAUUCCAGCGUGCUGGAUUCAGUUUCCAAAGCCAAAUCAUGUGCCCCCGUCGCCAUAAUGUGCCCAGACAUGCAGGGCCCCACUAGUAUGGAGAUGCUAGUUGGUAGCCAGAAGAGGAAGGCCAGAAAGACCAAGAUCACACACUUGGUGCGCACAGCUGAUGGCAGUGUGUCUCCAGCUGAGGGUGAGUGAUCAGUCAUUGAUUUACUGUUUAGUGCAGGAACAGACUAGUCUGUCUGUCCAGUUCUUUGUAAAAGUAUCUAAAACAAAAAUGUCUUUCCACUAGUUUUUUUUUCUCUUCUAAUUGAAGAGAUAAAGAAUAGAAGUUGCAAACAUGUCUGCAGUUUUCAGACAGACACAUUUUUUGUAUGAAAUGUAAGAACUUUUUUUUAUCUAAUUGAGGAAAAAAACAAGAGAGAGAAACUGUGUCUAUCAGCCCUGACAGGCAGUGCCUCCCACCAAACAUAAAGCUUAAAUAAGAGCAGCUACUAGGGGUGGGAGAAAAAAAUCGCUACAACAUAGUAUCACGAUAUUUUGUCUGGUGAUAUAUCGUCUCAUCCACCAAAUAGAUUUUUUUUUUAAUUAACUGCUAAUAUGAAGUCAAAUCUAUGAUAAUGGAAAAAUAAAAUCCAUUGUUUGUCGAGUGAGUUUGGCAGAGAUGACAUCAUAGAGCAGUAGAGAGUUAAUACAAGAAACAUGGCAGCACCUGGAGAAACACAUUAGGAAUGCAAGCAGGGUACAAAUGAGAUGGACAUAAGAUGGACACAGAAGGAAAGACGAAUGCUAAAUCAGCUAAACAGCUGAAAAAAUUGUAUAGAUUGCCAUAUAUGGUAAUGCAAUACUCACUGUAUCACAAAAUGUUCAUCUUAUGUAUGCUGCUACUUGUAUGUCAAAGCAUUUUAUGAAGUCCUCCUCAAAUUAAUUCACAGUCACAUGUCUUGUACCUAUUUUAUUGAUCUAAAAACAAAAUUAUGUAUUCUAGUAUUUAUAUUAGAAAAACUCUGUUUCCGAAAUAUUAACUUCUGUUUUAAACUCUUCACUGUAUCCAGAGGAAAAAUCCAGGGACCUGACCCAGGAACAGGAUAUGAAGCCAUUACCCCCACAGAAUUUAUGCAAUGAAGAAGGGUGCUACAGUAAUCCCAGGGCAGAGGAGGCGGAGAGGAGCACGGCACCCCCAGAGCUACCUGCUUUCUUCAGCCUGGCGGCCCUCGCUGAGGUGGCAGCCAUGGAAAACGUUCACAGGUGAGCACAUCCAAGCCUCUGCCCAACACUGAUGAGAAGACUGUCAUAGGUUAUGUUUAGUGCAAAUGUGACUAUUGUUUAAUAUUUAUAAGUCUUAGUCUGAGACAGAUAUGACAGAAAUAAUCAGUGAGGUUAUUACUGGAACAUGUAGGAGAAUCUGCUUCAGGCCUUAUUGUGUGUAAUCCCCCUGAAAUCCUCCUCAGUGUUAAGCUAACACUACACUUCUGUUCUGAGGAAACUGUCGGCUCACACAGAGCUAAAACUCAAAGCCUUUAAGGGAAAUUGCAAUAUUUUUACAUCUUUACAUCACACCGUGUGUGAAAUAUUUUUGUAAAUCACCUGAGCUGACAGCUGCAAAUCAGCUGUGAUGAAACCCUUUGGGUUAAUGCACCAGGGUAGUGAUGUUUCAAGCAGACUUGCUCUUCAUCAGACUGCCUACAUGAGGCUGUUAGAUUGAACCACCGCUCUAACUCUCCAAAGCUUUUUAAUUUCACCUUUUUGACAAGCUCAAGCUGAUCCUGUACAUGCUGGCACUGUUGCUUGCCUCAGAAAGAACAGCAAAAAUCUUUAAAAUAUAUCUGUGUCUGAAUGGAUUUUUUCUAAAAUGUGUUCAAAAUCUUUAAAAAGAAGUCUGAUUCCUUGGCUGCAAAAAAGCAGCUUAUGUUUUAAUGAGACACACCAACUCUACAGUGUCUAAAGCAGUCUUCUUAAACAACUGCAAAAUAUGUGAUUUAUGACCCAAAAUGCUGUAUGUUAUUGCUCAGAAUACAAUACUUUUCACUUAACCUGUCAUCUGAAAAAAAAACUGGCUUCCUAAUGUGUAUGAAGACACCCCUAAGUGUUUUUGUGUGUCCUGUUUCAGGGGCCAGAGAGGCUUGGCUGAGAGCAAGAAGAAAGAGCUUGGCCAGACUCCUGUCCUCAUUUCUUGCGCUGAUCAGUGAAACUCUGCUGCUUUUAUAAGAAGCCACAACAUGGACACUGGAAGUAGAUCUUUACUUUCCUUGGUGGUAACCCUACGCUAAAGGGAGACUUGAUCUGGAAGUGUGGACGGACUCCAGCUUCCCCCUUGUGGUGAAUUUACUUGAGCUCGGGUUCAUGUUGGAGAAAGAGCCCCUCUCCUCCGUGCUCCUCGCUAUCUCAGUGUUUCCCCUGAAGCCUUCCUUUGGUUUGAGGAGGGAUGCCUUUUCUGAACUCCUCCCAACCCCCCCGUAGAUGCUCUGUUAGGGCCUUGUUGGAAGAACCAAACUGUUCCCCAGUGCAUGGCCUCCCUCGUAGAAAUGGAUGUCAUGGGUGAAUUGUACCCUGUUUUAAGGUCAAGUCUUGCAAUUUGAAAAUAGCAUUUUAGGUAAACACAACACGGCAUUGGUUUUAUAGACAAACACAGCUUUCUGUUACCUUUUUACCUCACACACACGCCUACUGAAGACUUCCCUCCACCUCUGCUAGAAUACCUCUGUAUUUAAACAGCUCUGAUCCCUUCCUGUCCUUCCAGCUUCAACCCAAAAUGACUUUAACCAGGGUAAAUGAUUACGGUGGUAGACUUCCAUUCACAAACUACUUGCUGAGUGUAUCCCUUUGGUACACUAACGGGGUGUUGUUAAACUACUUUAAAACCAUGAUUUAGUAUUUGUCUCUGAUUAUAGUGCUACUGUAAGACAGUACGUGGUAGCCAUCCAUAAUAAUCAUGUUAGGCUGAAGGUGAGAGAGAAGACCUGCACAUACCCUUUCCUCUCAAGUAGACUGACGGUUGGCUGAUAAGUUAGGGUGUUUUUUGUUUUUUUUUCUUUGUCAUGUUUCAAGAACUAGUUUUUCCAAAAAGUCUCUGUCAGGCUCAAAAAACAGCUUCAUGUAAUGGGGAGGUUGUGAGAAAGUGAUUUAGAUAUAGCCUUAACCCUCCCAAUAGAAGUGAGGGGUGUACCACAAGGGGAGAUCAGAGGGUAAGGUGCGUCUAUGGAGCUUCAACCCGGAGUUAUCUACGUCAAGAUCACCGUGGUAACUGGCUCUAAACUCGUAACCUGGUCAGGAUGAUCAAGUGCAGUAAAUGAAUUAAUGAAUGCCUGCAGGAGUCCUCUGCAGUUUGUGUGAAUCAUGUUCUGAUGUAGUUUGAGGCGUUUAAUGACAUAAAAAGACAAGCCACGCACAAACCGUAUGUGUUGCAUCAUGUGAGCGUGUCUUUGCAUUCAGAACAAGCUACUUGAAUUCAGUUUAAUCCCCUUACGUGAAUAUAAUCCGCCCUCCGCCUGUCUCCCUCUCCUCCUUGUACCUGUUUGCCUCAGAUGAAACAAACCCUUUCAGUUUCAUCAGGUUAUGUUCAGAAAAAGAACAAAAAGAGCAAAUCAGAUUAUGUUUUUAUGCUUGGGUAAAAAAUCCUGCACAGUCCUUUAAUUUCAGCUAGUUUGUAAAAGAAUGAAUAAUAAUGGGUUUAAUUGAAUUAAAUUAAUUAAUUGUGGUUUACAUACUGAAGGCAUCGGUGUGGGUUCAGUUUCUGCCUGUACUACUGAAAUCAUGUUCAUCACCGUCUGAAGUGUGUAAAUCCUAGUUUACAAAGUAAUAGUCGUUUCUGCAGGAUUCCUUAAAUGAAGCAGAGGGGCUGAUGUUUACGACAAUAACUCUAAUUUAUUCAUCAUUUUUCUUGUGUCAGUCAGACAGAAAGCAUCAUGUGAUAUGCCCCUCUUUUAUGUGAGUGUUUACAAAGCCUAAAGCAGAAAGUCUGAGUUAACAGAGACUGUUAACAGCUAGCUUCCUGUUACCUGACAUCUCUAUCUGGAGCUUUAGUAAACCGGGUUACGCUGAUCUUGUUUGGUGGUACACCCCCUGGCUCUCCCCCCACAAAGCUCUCAGCCAGCUUCUUGCUAAAGGCCAUCACAGUCCUAAAUUAAAUGUCAAACUUUUGGAUAGUGAAAUGCAGUUUUUGUCAAUACUUGAUCUUAUUGCAGUUUGCGUAGCAGUUAGGAAGAAUAAUUCUCUGUGUGCAACUUAUUUACUGGAAUAGGUGUAUUUUUGUUUGUUUGUUUAUUAUACAAACACUGCACUAAUUUGUAGCCGUAGUUGCCCUUGGACAGGUGAUGUAAUGCUUUGUCUCCGGAGGUCACAGUGGUCCUGCAACAUAGCCCCCCAAAUGUGUCUUUAGAGUCCUGGAGACCUGGCUAAAGCCAUCCACAGAAAAGAGAAGUCUGACAAUCUGAACUGAUUAUUCGUCACGUCUCAUCAAAUGAGCAAUGUUAAAAAAAAAUAUGAUCAGGCUAUGCUGUGGUUCCUGUCAGAGCGAAUGGAGACAGAGCAUUUGAGAAUAAACCCCCAGUUUGUUUCCUAUUGGCCUUUUGAGAUUUUAUUGCCAAGUAAUGGUCUACUCAGAGGUCACGUUCAGUCAUGGUUGUUAUAUUUAGAAGUAUUUAUAUUACAAUGAGACUUUUUUUUUUUCUCUUUAUUCUUGUUAUUUUAAUGUGCGGUCCGUGUCAUUCCAUGUCCAUGCCUCUGUCUUGGCCAUACUUCUGUUUACAGUUCAUCAGCUGUAGUGAAGAAAAAAAAGAGGGUGGAGGCAGUCGAGCUGCAGGGUUGUUGUCUUCCUGAGGGUGGAUCGAACCUGGAAGAGCUACCACAGGCUAAUGGAGGUUAACUAAGAGCUACACUUAGUCUCCAGCAAUACCCCCCACCCCUCCUCCUUACCCAGCAGCCUUUGUUUCUCUGCGUAGACCAAUACUUCUUUAAUUUAUCACAUUUUGAGUUAAACCACAUUUCAAACUUUUGUAGACCUUUCUUUUCUGUUAGAUUAUCUGUUUUUCUAAGUGUGUGCAUUUAUAUUGCUCUUUAAUCUAGUUUGUUUGAACUCUUUUUAGGUCUUUUAAACUUUAGUGUUUAGUUUGUUUUUUUCUUGAGGUCAAGAUUACUGGAUCAAGAAUGUUGUCAAAAGAGACCAGGCUCCCAGAUAAUGCGUGUUUCCAUGCUCGCCUGCCAAACAAACAGGCAAUGAGAUACAUGCAGCGUCUCUACACAUGAGCCUGUCUCUUCACCUCUGGAGGUGUUUGACUGUGACUGCUUCACAAUUUUCUUUUUUGUUUGUUUUGUUUUUAAUAAUAUGUGAUUGAUUUGACUCUUCCUGACAGGACAGACAAAAAUGAAAUGGGUCUUAGAGAAGUUGUUGUUCUUUCUAGUAUUUUCCUAAAUCAAGGCAUUGUUACAUAGUAAUAAUGUUUUGCUUAUGUAAGCCCUUGUGUGCAAAUAGGUUAAGUGCAAAAAAAAUAUCUGUGAUUCCUCUAAAUUUGUCUUUAAAAUCUUACAAACUAAUUAUAAAUGUUUCCCCACUGAGCUGAAGGAAACCGCAGAAUGCUUUAAGAUAAUCCUAUUAAUAAUAAUGAAAUAUAUUUUUUCAGAUAUGAGAGAAAGUUACGUCAAAGUUCUUCCACUGGUGGACAUCAGUGUCAUCUUUGCAAAGACAAAGAAAUUGUCUUCCCCCCCAAAUAGAGAUAUAUUUGCUUAUAGCAAGUGAGUUUAUUGACAUUUGCCAAAGAAAAGGGAAAGGUAUAUUUAAACGGAAAACCUGUUUUUUUUUGUUUUGUUUUUUUUUUUCAGCAAGAAAGUAAGCAUAACAGUUGCACUGCAUUUUCUAGGUGUGUAAAUCUUCAGGUAACAAUAUCAGCACAAUUCAUCUUGUGUAUCUUUUAGGACUCCCUCUGUGUUUUGAACCCAGAGUUGAAAGUGCAACAAAAGGGCACCACUCGAUGCCUCUGUUAAUGAACAGUAUUUGCACCUUAUUACCCAAACCAAAAGAAACAUGGUAUUUCAAAAAAAUCUAUAAUUUUUACCCUCUCUAUGGAAAUUAUGCAUUUUAACUAUUAUAUUUACGAGAAUUGAGUCAAUAACAAAUCCACACAUCCACCAAACAGCCAUAAUAUUGUCAUCUCUCCACGCCCUCACUUUUCUAUCUAGAAAAUGCUUCUAUAAAGUUGAAAUUCCUAUAUUAGUUACCGAAAUGACUAUAAUACCCUAUUGUGCUAGUACUGUCUUUCUUGAAUGUAAUCAUUUUGUACCUGUAUUUUUCUAAUUCAGUCUUGAUUGUACUGUAUGUAUGCUAUGAUGAUGUACUGUUCCUUAGGUGCAUAGUUCUUUUCAAACCGACGGGAGAGCUGCUGCGCUGCGAACUUAGUGGAAAUCUGUGGAGAUUUGAAGUCCAAAUGACUUACUGUACCUUACGAGCAUUCAUGAGACUGAUAGCUGAGAGAUUCUUAGAUUUUAAACGGUAGGAAAACAGCUUUUCCUGGUUUGCUACUUCUCUUUCCUUUACGGUAAAAGGUAAAGUCUGUUCAGGACAGUUUAUAAAACAGGGACACUCCUGCAAUCAGAAGAACGAUUGAAUGCUUGAGUUUCAACUUAUUUAUUACUGUUCCUUUUUAUAGGUUUAGCUAAAUAAAAAAAACAAUAAAAUAUACAACUGAAUAUGCAUCCAUUUAUACAUGAACAUGUAUAAGAUUAUCUACCCUUUACUGGAAUGUAGAUUAUUGCUUUUAUGUGAACGAGGUUAUUGGCAGAUCUUUUGAGUCUCUUUCCUCUGAUAGUUUGUACAAUGUGUUGAAUCUAAUUUAUGUCACUAGUAAUCACCAUGACUGAUAUGUUUUAUGAUUGUUGCAGCCCACUUAUUAAAUGCAGCCUUGCCUUACUGGAACCCCUGCUUAGUGAGGGAUCCCUCAGUCACCUGUGCAUCCUCUGUACCCUACAUCACCCCACCUCACCUUACCCUCCCCCUACCUUACCCACCCACAACUCUUAUGUCAUAACACUGUUUGCUGAUGCAACUAUUAUUCCUUUUACAGUUUCUGCUGACGCAACUAUUACUUCUUAAACACCUAUUAAAACAGUAUCUAUUCCAUCUGUGUGAAAAAAA